AUGUCGCAGAGUGGAAACGUCCGGAUUUUGGAUGGCGUCGAGGUUCCGCCUUUCAGGAAUUUGAACGAGUUUCUGUUCACUACGGAACGAUAUGAAGUUGGUUAUAAAAAUAAUUUCGAUUUUUUCCGUACUGUAGGAAAAGCGGAUCACUUGAAAAUGAGUUUAUCGUUCCAAUUUGGCUGAAAAAAUUGUUUUCUAGAUCGUGAGAUAAGUUUUUAAAUUUUCCAUCGUAAUAUCCCUUUCACUGGCCCACUGAAAAUAUGUCGAAAAUCGAAUUUUCUCAGGUUUAAUACGAUUUUUAAGAGUAUCCCACAUUUUUGUCAUGAAUGAAUAUAUAAAUAAAAUUUUCUAAGUUUUCUAGAACGAUUUUUCUUAUGGUUUUCAUGAAAAUCAAAAUUUUUCUUCUUUUAUUUUCAUUUUUUCCUUUCAGCGACCACCCUUCAACGAUUUACCCAAAUGGAACAACCGAAUAAUGUCGAAUUUGCUCUACUUCCAAACCAACUACUUCGCCAUGUUGGCCUUUAUGUUCAUCCUCCACACAUUUUUCUCAGCUCAGGUUUUUUUUUUCCGAGAAAUUUUACUUAUGUGUAUGUUUUCAGGACAUUUUCAUCGGCCUGAUUGCCCUUGUGGCGGCGAUGGGCGUUGCGAUUUUCUCGAGCUCACUUAAUCCUAAUAUCCACACGGUUUGUGUUGAUUUUUUUGUACUUUUUGGUUUCGAAAAUAAGGAUUACAUAUUUACCUAGCACUUGGAGGAUUUCUUUGUUAAAAAGGUUGAUUUUGAAAUUAAGAAGAAUAUUUUCAUUAUAACUUGAUGCAGAGGUGAAGAAAUAUUUUUUUAUUACUUAUUUUCGAAAAUCAAAGAUUUCUUCAGAAAUCGAUGGAUCUGAUGAUUUUCAGAACGCAUUUACUUCUGUCAUAGUAUUUAGGUCAAUUUCAAGCUCAAAAAAAGAAAAAAACAGAAAUAUUUUCGUAAUAUGAAGGCCUGUAGAAGAAUUGAAAAAAUCAUACAGGAGUUUGGAAAUAGAUUUCAAGCUACAGGAGAAUAUUUGAAAUGUUCUUGGUCAUUUUUCAAGAAUUACCCUUUUUUCCAGAUGAGGAAAGAUCAUCCGUUGAUCACUCUCGGCGCAAUCAUCAUCGUCGCCUAUUUAUUCAUCAGCGUCCUUUCUUCUGUUUUUGUUGUCCUUUUUGCGUUAGUUUCACGUUCGAUAAUUAAUCUAAACCGAUUAUUUUCCAGCAUUUUGUUCCCAGUGCUUUUAGUUCUGAUCCACGCGUCUUUGCGUCUUCGCGGUGUUGCUAAUAAAACGACGAACCUCGCCGAAAGGUUCUUUUUAUUUUUCAUUUCAAUGGAGAAGUUCUAGUUCUUCAGAAUGAACCGUUUCAGCUGUUAUUUUGAGUAUAGUAGUUCAAAAAUGGUUCAAAAUUGCUUCUCAAACCUCGGUUUCCUCUUUUUAGUUUGCAAAGAACUCUAAAAAUCCACUUUAAAAAAUUUCAGAUAUGUAUUUUCGCAUUCUUACUUUCUUUUUACUCGCAUCAAACAAAAUUUUCGAUGAGGAUGAUUUUUGAAGCGCUGGAAGCGACUAAAAACCUCGGAGUUUGUUCCUGGUUAACUUGAUCAUUUUAUCAGAGUAAUGACGUAAAAGUUGGUCACGAAUUGCGUCAAAACAAUUCGCAAAGCUUCUUAUCUCCGCUAACUGUUGAUAUUAGAAUAGAUUAUAGUCUUCAGCACAUUUUUCGUGAGUUUUGGAAGAAAACUCUGGAAUUCGUUGAUUCUUGCCACAAGAAAAAUUUACAAAAACCAAAUUUUCAAUUUUUGGUCAGAAAAUAACUUCCUCGUGAUUUUAGAAGGAAAAUUUUCGAAAGAAAAACUAAUAAAGUCGAUAAAUUUACUAUUUUCGUGAAAAAAAACCACUUAUCUUCGAAAAAAUAAUGAAAUGAUACGUUUUAUAGAAGCGGUCUCCGUACAACGCUCAUGGGCACGAUUCUCGAACGACUCGGCUUUUCCAUCAAGUUUUGA